AUGCUGCAUCGAAGGACGAACAAGAAGGUCCUAAAGAUGGCGGCUUCCAUGUCUUUACGGCGACAUGUCUUAUCACUGCCGAGAAUUUUGACAGGAACCAUCUCGAACUUGAGUCCAGGAGGAUGGACUGCUUGUUCAUAUCACAGACAAUUUAAUAUUAACAGGCUCCAGUCUCAAGCAUCAUGCAGCAACCAUUUCCAUACGUCAACUGCCUUUUCAUCUGAACCCAAAAUCACAGUCACAGAGGAGCAGGACACACUCUUUCAGAAAGUGUCCGUGUUAAUCAAAGGACAUGACAAAUCUGUCUUGGACAGUUUCGAGUUCUUUGCAACAAUGGCGGCACAAGAGCUGGGCCUUACCCUUGGCAAAAUUUUUGAGCCACCAAAGGAUAUUGAAAGGCUAACACUGCUGAAGUCUGUUCACAUCUUCAAGAAACACAGAGUCCAGUAUGAGAUGAGGACACACUACAGGUGCAUAGAGCUCAAUCGUGUAACUGGCUGCUCAGCUCAGGUUUAUCUGGAGUACAUUCAACGGAAUCUUCCUGAGGGUGUUGCCAUGAAGGUCACAAAGACUGCCCUCGAAAAGAUUCCAGACCACAUACUUGAACCAAUGUGGAAUGAUACUCCUUCAGAAGACAAGCCAAGCCACUAG